AUGGAGCCUUUGAACUCGAAUCCUGUUCCAAUAAGCCACGGCCAGUCGAAUGAAAGCAAUGAUCCGACUCCAGCCCCUACAGACAAAGACACCCCUCCACGACAAAGUGCAAAUCAACAACGCCCGUUAGAGCCUAUUCCCCAAAUCCUGCCAUCAGCAACACUGCACCGCUCUGGGUAUAUCCUGUUGCUGGUGCUUCUGUAUAUUUUCCUGGCGGUCUUCUCAUGGGUUGUCACUUGCUACCUUUCCUUUCGUCCUAUCACGACCCAACACUACGACUUUUGGGUUAAGGAUAGCGACAGCCCCAGUGACGAGUUUAAAUAUGGUCAAGGGUCCAGUGGAUGGACGUAUGCAGACGUCAUGGCUUUGUACCAGAGAAACGAACGCUGGUAUCGUGCUUCCCGGGUCAUGCAGUCCAUUGUUAGUGUCAUGACAAUUCCCUUAACCUCGGCUGUCUGCUCCAGCGCCGCAGUCAUCUUUCUUCAGCGCCGACAGCCUAGUGAGGGCCUCAGCCUUAGACAAGCGGUCACACUUGCAGACAAGGGCUGGUCCGAUAUCUUUACAUACAUCAAAACAUUCUCCAGUGGAACAAAUGGAUUGAAGCGGUAUGGAAGCUCGUUCCUUUUUCUAGCCAUGUUCGCGAACCUCCUCGGCUCGGUCAUUUCCCCUCUCCAGCAAAUGUUUCUGUCGACCGAGAUCAUCAAAACCCCGACAUGGCCUACAAAGAUUUGGCAUCUCCUAGACAUCCCGGACCAAUGGGAGUCUUUCCUUCUUCCACAAUCGAGUAUGGUUUUGCUUCUCACACGCGAGGCCCUGGCUACGACAACAUCCACCCAGCGACAAGCUCAGCUUUGGCAAGGUACAAAUGUCUCCUGUGUUAUCAAUGUGACCACUGGAGCCCUCCUGCCCUCAUGUAACCAGGGAGGGGCUACAUUCGGCAAUAUGUCACGACUUGAGAAUCCAUUCUUGGCCGAGCUUCCCAAUGAUUACAAUACUGGUCUCAUUCAGCAAUUUCUGCCUCGCAUCAAUUCCAGCACGCGGUAUGAGAGCAUCUCCGCAGAGGACUAUCCUGAAGAUUGUGACAAAAGAAAAGGCGCAUUUUCUGUCAAUUAUGGGAAAGAGAAUCAUGAUGAGGCUGGUCGUCUUACUGCUUGGGGCCUCGAAGCUUGCAUGCCUGCAAAUGUCAAAAACACGCCUUGGAAUAAUACACGCGAUCGUCAAGACUUCACCGAGGAGCUCUAUUUGAAUGUUACUAUAGUUGGACAGCUCUCUAGCAGGUCGCUCUUUAAGAUCGCCCUCGAGACCACGGCCGGGUAUUUUGAAUUGCCAAACUACAUGAACGGCCAAGUAGCUGGCCCUCUAUUGGAAAAGUGUCCAGAGUUAUCAUACGGUUGUGGAGAACAUUGUGAGCCUGAAGGCACUUCCGGAGACGGCGCCCCGUACAAUAAAGUUCACCGGAUUGACCUCAAGGACUACUACACGUUCGAACAGCUUCCAAACAGAGGGCCACUUUUGACAAUAGCAGUGGCCCUCUUUGGAAAUGGAUCUUCUAUCCAAUCUAGGGUUGCUCAUUCGCAGAACUACACAACCAAUCUAGCUUCCGAUCCAUCCACGAGAAACCCUAUAUCUUCUUCUGGUUGUGCGGACGUACUUCCCUUCGCGUUUUUCUCACUGUCAGAUGAUGGGCCAUCGUACUCCUGUACCCCCAGCCAGGAUGGUGGUACCGAUGACCCCGAAGUUGAUAAUGUGAUAGCCGAAUGGCUUAAUACCCUUUUCGCCAACGAUGCGGACAUUGUAAAGAAUGUUUUUGAUGUCGCUGCAUUCAUUGCCAACCAAGCCUGGAUGGAAAGCAGUAUCGACGAUGAAUCAAAGAACCUGGAGAUAAGCUUUGACAUGGGAAGUGAUACCCAGAUACCAGUCAUCUCCCGAGGAGGCCUUAUUCUGGUUUCGAUUCUUCUAGCUCUGGAAAUUUUCAUUCUUCUUCCACUUGCGGUUUACGCGGCUAUAAUCCCGAGAUGGACCUCAUCCCUGGACUCGUUUACCAUGAUGAGGAUAGGGGCAGCUGUUGCGGAUAAGAUGCCAUUGCUUCUUGGUCGAGAGACAGACAAAGUUGAUGUACUUGAUCAACUUCCAGGGUAUGUCGGUGACCAGUCAGAGGAGAGUGAUGUUAUUGGGAAAUUGGGUCUGGGGGCUCAAACACCCUUGGCUGCUCGACGUAAUAAGCGAUUUGAGAGUUAUGCUGGAGAGAGUGAGCCUCUCAAUGGGCAUCAGUCAAAGGAGUCCCAGGACAGCUUCGAUGCGGCAAGCGGUUAG